AUGACAGUCUCACUUCCCCCAUCGUCCAAUUCGUCAAAGGACGCCCAGGCUGCCCGCAAGCGGAGGAGACGGGCCCCUGCCGGAGGAGCUGCGGAUGAUUGCUUCACCUGCAUCAAGAGAAAUACCAAAUGCGAUAGAAGGCGACCCUACUGCUCACAAUGUCUCGAGAUUGGGAAUGAAUGCUCCGGCUACAAGACUCAACUGACCUGGGGAGUGGGUGUGGCGAGUCGAGGCAAACUGCGAGGACUUUCGUUGCCUAUAGCAAAGGCACCACCAGUUGCGCCUGUUGGGAAGAAGGCAGCGAGCCGGUCACGGGCAGCAAGCUCUGCAGCGACCACUCCCCGAUGGAGCGGUCCGGAAGAGGGGCUACGCAAAGUUCACCGAGACGAUGGAAAUCAUACUGCCGCCGUCCCUACAGCACAGUAUCAGAAGCUUGGCCCCUCAAUGAGCCAUUACCCUAUAAUGGGCGACUCACUAUCGUCGUCUGUAGACUCGCUAAGCGACGUCGAGUAUGCCAUGGGACAUUCUUAUGCUAGAGAAGAGAUGCCUUUCGUUCACAGCCCUGGCAUCAUCUACGAAAAUUAUACAGCCCAAAAUUCGCCUAUGCCUCAAAGUCCCGCCUCUGCGAUUAUGAUCGACCAACGAGCACCAACUUCGUGUCCUGGCCUAGUCUACGGUCCGUCGGAACCCAGUUCGAGCCUCGGCUCUCACCCUGACUCUUAUGGGCCCCAGAUGGCCCAUAGAAUGGUCGCGGAUAGCGACACUCUGAGCGUACCUGAGAUGGAGCCCUACGGUACCAGCCCGCACUCCACGGACGGGUCUCACUGGGCAACUGCGAUUUCAAGAGAUGAUGAUGUGACGCCCUCCGCCUCGGCCAACUUAGCCUUUCCGUAUGAGAGCCAGCCGAUACAGAUUAGCCCUGAUCUCAUUGCUAAGAUGCCGUUCUUUAUGGACUAUUACGAGAAUAUAAUGUGUCCUUCGAUGGUACUCGUAGAUGGCCCGAACAAUCCAUUCCGAGAUCACAUCCUGCGACUAGCAUCCGGUAGCCGCAGUCUACAACACGCUAUCUGUGCUCUGGCCGCCUGUAACCUGAGGAUGAAGAGAAGGUUAAGUCUUGGUCAACGUGCCAGAUCAGACAGCACCGGAUCUGAACGACUUUCCGAAGCUCAAUCGGACCACCACUCCUUAAACGAAGAGCACCAACAUCGAAAUCUAGCUGUUCAUCUUUUAAACGAACAGUUAAAUGACCCCAUGAAAUCCUGCCAUGACUCUGUCUUGGCUACUAUACUACUUCUCUGCCACUACCGCAUGGUCGAAUCCGGAGUUGCAAAGUUCCACACGCAGUUUGCCGGCGUCAAGAAGAUACUCAGCAUGCGAGGUUCUGCCCCUUACCAAGGGUCUAGCGAAUCUUCGUGGAUGGAGGCUAUUUUCACCUACUUCGACUCGAUUUCUGCUAGCAUCAACGACCGCGAGGCCCAACUUAACCAUUCUUUCUAUGGUCUUCCCUCGGAUGCCAACUUACUACCCCCGGGAGCCGAGAACUUGGUUGGCUGCGACAGGGAGCUAUUCAAGACCAUUAGCAAACUCGGUCGUUUGAACCUCUUAUCACAACAUCAUCAUCACGUCCAGAGCGUUCUAUCAACACCCAACGCUCAUGCUGGAACACCAACGACUUCGCCUCCCCUAGGUUCCCCCAUGGGACAGCAAUUCAAGCAAACCAGCCCUCCACUUGGAGAUUUCUUCAGCAUAAAUCAUCAUCGCUAUGAUGGCAACGGCUUCGUUUCGCAGCUUGACGACGAGGAGAUCCUAUCUACAGGGCUUUGCCCCUCGCCGCAAUUCGACGAGCACCGCUCAAUUUUCUGGCGCGAAUGGAAAGAGGCUCGCAUGGCUCUCCAGAGCUGGGAAUUUGACACCCAGCGAGUCGCCGCAUCCCUUCCCAACUCGGCAACCCAGGCUCAGAUACGCGACCUUCACUCUCUCUCCGAGGCUUUCCGCUACGCCGCUCUCCUCUACACCGAGCGCCUAGCUUCCCCCAACCUCCCCUCCACCAACAACAACUUCCGCAACCUGGUCAGCCAGGUUGUAUACUACGCGACGUCGCUCGAGUCGGGCAGCAGCGCCGAGAAGUUUUUACUGUGGCCCAUGUUUGUGGCCGGCAGCGAGUGCGUCAACGAGCUGCAGCAGAACAUCGUGCGCAACAAGUGCCGCGAGAUCAUGUCUCGCAGCGGCUACAUGAACAAUCUCGCCGCCAUCGAAGUCCUCGAACGCCUCUGGGCUGGCGAAUAUUACGAACCCCCUAUGACUCCCGGGAACAAGCUGGGCAUGAGGCGCGGCUGCUUCAACUGGACUAAGUGUAUCGGCGGUCCCGGGGUCGAAGUGGAAUGGAUCAUGUUUUAA